AUGUCUUCUCAUUUUAUGAAAACAAUUAUUGGAAAUGAAUUUGAUAAAGUUAUAAAAGAGUUAGGCGUUGGUGAUAUUGUCAAAGAAGAAAAGAAAGAUAUUGGCAUUUCUAGUAAAGAUCUGCUUGCUGAUCAAAAGAGACAAGCAGUUAAGGAAAAAGAACGGAAAGAAAGACAAGCUAGAAGGAAAAAAGAACAUGAAGAAGCAAGACAGAAACUUCGUGAUAAAGUGAAUAGUGUGCAAAAUGUUGACAAUAAAUUCCUCGUCUAA